GGUAACAUAUAUACUGUCAUGAAAGACAUUCUGCAGACAGUACAGUCUAAUGCAAAACACCAAACACUUCAGCACAAGGAGCCCGAGAGGGGUGCUGUUGCAAAAGUGGCAGAACAGUCAGUAUUUCCUGAAAGAGUUAGUUUGGAGGGAAUAAUUUCAGAGGAAAAUGAGCACCAGGAAAUUACCACUUUUCCUCCUUCCUUACUACCAUCAUACAUACAAGAUCCCAUCAAACAUGGAGGGCCCCCAGUGAUCGAUCUUGACUCUGAUCCGCAGCAACCCUCUGAUCUCAAGUUUUCCAUAGACAUUCCAUCGACUGAAUGGAUGUCAGAGCCUUCUCCGUUUAGUCAGGCGGCUGAUGGUGGCGCCACUAGUGGUGGUUGGGAGGUGGAGCAGGUACAAUCAGACCCUAGCUACGACGCGAUGCCCAGAGUCUACCCCUCCACUGCUAACCAGUUGGUUGCCCAACGGCCAGUCCCUCGCAACAGACCGCUUGCAAUGCUCCCCAAGAGUAGACGACAGAUACCAUCGCGGGAGCUGGUGGCGCGUUGCAGACAGCUGCCGCUUGUACAGUCCGGCAGUUUCACGCAAGCACAUGGUCCCAGCACCUCGAGGAGCUGCAACUUUUCACGAGUCAAAGAGGGAGAGUUGCCUCACCUGAUUCUGAACAGUAAGAAGUGGGAUGUAUGUGAUCCAAAGAAAGGCUGCACUUUGCUGGCUAUCAAACUAGCUGUGUCCGUAUUUGGUACCGACGUCCUGGCAGUUUCAUCGCCUGGUGGAAAAAAUGGACUAAACCCACUUGAUCCUGACAGAAUGCAGAUGAUUAAAGAGAUGGUGCAGCAGCGCUUCAGCCACAUCUGGUCUCCUCAGGAGUUUGAGCUGCAAUGGAAGCGAUGUGUCAUCUCCAUUUUGCAGCGUUGCAAGUUCUGCCGCAACCAGCUGCGUAAACGUAUGCUUAGCAUCAGCGCUAGCACACGACUAGGCCGGGCCUUCAUGCGGUAAUCGUUAACCACUUCUUGUGAAACAGACUACAUCUGCUAAGCAUCACCUAGGUGAUGGUGCACACAUCUGCUAAGCGUCACCUAGGUGAUGGUGAUUACAUUUGUUAAGCAUCACCUAGGUGAUGGUGGAUACAUCUGCUAAGCAUGAUUAGGAGAUGGUGGAUACAUCUGCUAAGUGUCACCUAGGUGAUGGUGGAUACAUCUGCUAAGCAUCACCUAGGUGAUGGUGGAUACAUCUGCUAAGCAUCACCUAUGUGAUGGUGGAUACAUCUGCUAAGCAUCACCUAUGUGAUGGUGGAUACAUCUGCUAAGCAUGACCUAGGUGAUGGUGCUUACAUCUGCUAAGCAUCACCUAAAAGGGGGCUAUGUGUACAUCUACAAAGUGCUACGCACAAGGAAUUGCAUAAAUCUGCUAAAUCUCAGUGCCAGCUAUAGGGCAGUGGCCACACACACUACGUGUCACCAACAAGGCAUUGCAUACAUCCACUAAGCACCCCUUACAGGGCAGUAGUCACAGCCACUAAGUGUCACUUACAAAGCAGUACAUACAUUUGCUAGGCACUAUCCAUGAGACAAUUCAUACAUCUAGGAAGUGUCACGUUAAGAGCAUUUCAUGCAUAUGUGAAGUGCCACUUCAAAGGCAGUGCAAACGUGCUAGCCACAAUCUGCAAGGCAGCCUAUAUAUUUGCGAAGGCUACCUCAGUUGUAGGACAUACAGGAUCAAACAAGCAUGAGUAGAACCCCAACAGACAAGAAAUUGAUAAAAAGGUUUAUAUACUUCCUCUAGUCUCCUUUGUGAAGUGGCAAGAUAUGUCGGAACUUUUUUACUAUAAUCAAUUAAUUUCUUCCUCGGUUAGCUGUUCCAGGACGAGAUCAUUACUUGCAUGAACAAAAUAUAUAUAUAUAUACAGCUAUAACGUGCGCGCGCGCACACACACACACGCACACACGCACACACACACAAACGCGCACAUGGACGUGCCGUGCCGCACACGCAUGAACUUGUACAUGAAUGGAAACUCUGUUAUACCUGGAACGUGUAAGCGAUAUCGAGUUGUUAUCGAUAUCCAAGUAUAUUGGAGGUGUAGCACAUUUUUCUAAAGAAUCCUUAUGUCAUCUCUAAUUUUAGUAUAUAUGUCGCAACCCACACACUUAUAGGGCAGUGCUGUGACAGUACCAUGGAUGUAUGUACAUUUAGUGAAUUGACAUGAAAGAUGUCAUGUAAGAUUUGAAGUUUUAUAAAUCAUAUCAGCUGUAUUGAACACGUGAAUGAUUAUCUGAUUUUAAAAUCGUGUUUAAAGUUUUACAAAAUUUAACUAUUCUGAAGUAUUUUAUUUAUUUCCUUGCAGUUAAUAUUGUGUGCGUCUCCAGUUGAAGGCUUGUGCUAGCCUGUUGAUGUCCAUUGUAGUUUUAAGUUGUCUGCGUUUAUCACAUUUGUAAAUAGUCACAUAUUUAGUGUGCAAAAAUAAAAUGCCUAUUUGAGUUUCACUACA